CUUACACUGGAGAAGGCGGACAGGAUUUCUAUUUUCCUUCAACUCUACACAAAUUAAUACAAACUGAAUUAAAAAAAAUUAAAGAACAUUUUUCUACUGUAUCAGAUGUGCAGCCUAUGUCUUUUAGUCAAACAGAAACAAAAUAUGGUUGGCUUAGAACAAAAGAUGGCUAUUAUAUUGAGUCAAAAUGGAUUCACCAUAAUAAAAGCUGGUCACAAAUUAAUUAUACUGUUAUG